AUGCCCGUGCGCUUCAGGGGACUGAGUGAAUAUAAGAGAAACUUCAAAUGGAAAACCCCAGAGUUUUGUAGCCCGUCCCAACAGCAGAAAUCCUUGUGGGCAGGACUUCGGUCGGAUCAGUUUGGAAUCACAAGAGAACCAAACUUCAUUUCCAAGAGAAGGGUACCUUACCAUAAUCCACAGAUUUCAAAGUCCUUUGAAUGGACAGCAGAUUGUGAUUUGAAUGAUCCACUUGAAACUGAAGCUCUUAGAACUGCAGAGUUGCACACAGACCACAACAACAAUGAUGUGAAUCAGGAAAAAAUUGAAACACCAGAAGGACCCAGACUCCCCCCAGAAGUUUGGUCACAUUCGGUAGAUUCUAGAGGUGAAACAGCUCUUGCCCUUGCAGAAAACAACAUGAAGAGAUUACCCUCUGCAGCUCCACCAAAUCAAAAUGAAGCAUUUUCAUCUCCAAAAAAGGAGUUAGAAAAAAUGGGUAAUGGGUUUCACAGAGUCCUUCAGAGGAAAGCAGGCAUGAAUAUUUCACGUUUAAACACUUUCCCCAGAAAUUCUGAAUAUCAAAGCCAAUUUGUUUGGAAGAGUCCUCAUGAAAAGUCACCAAUACUUGCAGCUGAACAGGUUAUUUGCAACACAAGUAAAUCCAUACCUCCGUUUAAAUCUCCUGCAAUUACUUCUGAAACUGCAUAUGAGAGAAAUUUCAAAGGGUCUCCUCCUGUUAAGGGGCCACAAGAGAGAAGUGGUUCAGAAGAGAAAGAAUUUCCGAGUAAGAGGGAAGAACCGUUUCAAAAGCCAGCAGAAGAUGCAGCAAAACAAGGGAAAUCAGAACAGAAACAUCCUAAACAAAAAAAUAAGCAACAUAUCAGUCCAAAGCCCCUCUCUUUACAUACAAGUCGUGGGAAGAUGAACACUGAAUAUAGGUCAAAAUUUUUGUCUCCAGCCCAGUAUUUCUACAAAGAUGGAGUUUGGUCUCGUAUCAGGAGUAAACUUCCCAAUCAGGCAUCUCAAAACACCCUAAAUUCCAUGUGGUAUAUGGAGGUGAGAGAACUUCGAGAAAGAGCAAAGGCUUACAGGCAACAAGUAGAGGGAACACACUUCUCCCGAUACCAUCUCAAUCAGAUCCUGUCCGAUAAUAACAGUCUUUGGGAUGUGUCCUCAAAUUCCAGUUCAGAAGAAGGCAUCAGCAACAACAUCAGAGCACUAGAUCUUGCCGGAGUUUCUGAAAAAGAGACUGCACCAAGCCCCCAAAUGCUGCAGCAACCUGACUCCAGAGAACAGCCACACCAGGACAGCACUGAGAAGAAAGACAUGUCAGAUGCUUUAACUGUUCCAGUCAAAAGGCAUUUAGUUUGGGGUGAACAAGAAGGUACUGAAGAAAGGGAGAAUCAGCAAUCAACAGAAGAAGAAGAAAAACAAGAUGAACAGACUGCAGUCUUGGCUCAGCAGUUAGAAGAAAACAAUAAGGAUGCCAAUGAAGAUAAGAAAAUUGAAGGUGAGAAUGCCUUAGUAUUGAAUUCUUCUGCGGCUGUGUCAGAUUCUUCUUCUGGAUCCUCAAGGACAGGCGGCAGGCUUCCUACUCCGAAGCUGAGAGCGCUUGGUGGAGCUCAAAGGACUCAUCAUGAUCUCACUACCCCAGCUGUUGGAGGUGCGGUUCUAGUGUCUCCUCCUAAAUUCAAGUCUUCAUCUUCACAGCAGAGAACACGAAGUUUAGGAACAGACCCUUCUUCAGCUAAGCAAGGUGUAAGAGAAGCUUCAAAAAGAAGAUCCUUCCGGCCUGAUGCAGAAGUGGAAGCUGUUUCACUCCUUACCUCUCCACCUGCUGGGCUGGGAACUUUGGAUCCUCUGCCACUAAGGCAGGAUCAGUGGCCUCCUAACAGUGUUUCUGAUGAGCAAGUUCCUCUUGCUUCAGCCCAUCAAGAGCAUUCCUCUACACCUCCUGUGCUGAAGUCUAUGCCUUGCUGGAGUCCCUCUUGUCGUAUUCAAGGGACUCUCAAGGAUCCAGAAUUCCAGCAUAAUGGGAAUGUUGGCAAUCCAAAACCAAGAUCUUUCCAGUUACCCCUUCAGGAAAGAAACUAUAAUGAUGAAGAUGACAGGUUGUCUCAGAUUUCCGCUCGCUCCGCAGCGUCUAGCUCACUUGCAUCUCAGAUACUGGAACGAGCUCAGAAGAGGAAGGAUUUCUGGGGCAAGACAUAAUCUCUCCCACCUGUUGUAUAGGAACCGUUCUGUAAAAUGAUUUAUUUUUUAUAGUU